GGAGAGAAGCAGGGAAGGACGGCAGAGGAAGGCGAGUGGGGAGGAGGAAACGUCUCUGAUCGCUGCUGAAAGACAGAGAGAGGGGGAACAGACUGUAGGCUGCCUGCUCCACCUGCACGGUGAAGUAGAAGAGGGAGGACAAGACGAAAUUUUCGACAGACGAGACGAGACCCACUGCCACAGAAAAGCUGCGGCAAAUCUCACAAGCAGGGGAAGCCACAUCGCCCGGGAUGCAGACGCCGGCCUCCAUGGUUACCGGGAUAGUGUGUGCCCCGCUGGGGCUCGUCCUGGUCUUCACGGCCGCCAUCACGCCGCAGUGGCGGGAGGGCCGUGUGCGGCUGGGCGUGGCCGGGAUCGGUGGCAAGGAGGCCAUGCUGCUGCGUUCGGACGGGCUGUGGGAGAGCUGCCUGCAGGUGGUGGAGUCGGAGCUGAAGCAGUGCUGGCCAGUUUCCGGGCCGUACCAGCGGGACGCGCGGGUCCGCUGGGCACGGGGCCUGGUGCUCACCUCGCUCUUCCUGUGCGGCUCCAGUAUCGUGCUGGCCAGCAUCGGCGUCCGCUGCUGGAUGGACUUCCCCCUGCGGAACGUAGCAGGCACCAGCGGGGUGCUGAUCGCCCUGUCAGGCCUGCUCAGCCUGGCCGCGCUGGCACUCUACGCCCAUAACCUGCGGGUGCUGGGGCUGGAACCGGAGCCGCCCAUCGCCCCCUCGCACGCGUCCACCUCUGCGUCCCUCCAGCUCUCCUUACGCCCUGCCGGCUCGCUCUACUUCGGCUGGGUGGGGGGUUGCGUCCAGGUGCUCGGAGGAGCCGCUCUGUCACUCAGCUUCAAACGUCCCCAUUGCCCGCCAUGUGCACGCCCAGCAGCCCAGGAAGACGCAGAGGCCUAUGAGAUAAACUGCUAAACAACGGUUGCUAAGCAACAACUGCCAAGGAUCAACAAAGCCUUUGGACAGCUCUCUAGACACAUGUCUGUUCGCCUGGGGUUUGUGUCAUGUUGCCUGCGGUGUCUCUAAACAUCCUUAGGUAUUCUGGGAUGACAACAGCACCCCAAAUACUGGAAACAAAUGACAGUAUUUUUUUAGAAACUGCUUUACUUGUGAAAACUCUGAU